AGCCCAAAAUGUGUGCUGCUGUGUUCAGUAAUGAAUGUAAGCCGCGUGACUCUCUCCUGGUACAAAGGAAACAGUUUAUUGUCCAGCAUCAGUGUGUCUGAUCUCAGCAUCAGUCUGUCUCUUCCUCUGGAGCUGGAAUAUCAGGAUAAUAACACCUACAGUUGUGUAGUGAACAAUCCCAUUAGCCUCCAGACCAGACAUGCCUGCAUAACCGAUCUCUGUCGUUUGUGUUCAGAGGAAGACCGCUAUUGUGAAAGCACUGAACCUGUGAUCCGAUUGGUCGUCACUGCUGUGGUGGGUCUGGCUGCUGUGGCUGCGUUCAUUGUGCUGGUUUAUGACAUCAGAUCCAGAAGAGAUGAACAGGAGAGACAUGAGACCCAGAGUUUCCUGAGUAUUACCCCGUGGCCUGAAAUCCAGUUAUCUCCCGAGUCUCCUGUGUUUUCUCUGAGCUUGCUUUAUAGCUUUUAUUUCUGAAAGUGAAAGAGACAAGUAUUAGCGAACUGUGACUGUGUGGCAUUGACAUAUCUGCAAAAGACGUACUCACCUGCUUUGAUCUGCACCUGAAAUCACGGUUUACUUACCCUGCACUUACGAUCUUGCAAAUAAAGCACUGAGCUUGGAUUAAUUUACCUCUGUCUCUUGUCUACAGUAUGUCCUGACAAAACCGUAAUGUUAUUGGAAUACCAAGAGCUGAUACAAUUUAGUGGAUGUUUGGACUGCAUUGUGAGAAACCGGGUCAAACUCUUC